GAAAGCAUCUGGUGAGGAGUUGGCAAGUUUUCGGCAGGAGGAGUUGCCGAAUGUGUGGACCUUGAAGCAGCGUUUGGCGAGAACAUUCAAGAUCUCACGCUUCAGGCAACAGCUCUUGCACGGAACAAUUUGCUUGACGGAUGCCAGCAAGCUGGAUGAGCUCGUUGAUGUUCAGCUGGUGCUGUUAGAUUCGCAUGGGACCUCUAUGCCCGACAAGAGGGCAAUCAUGGCUGCAGCCUGCCAGGGUGAUGUGUCAGCACUUGAGGCGCUGCUUCAGCGGCGACUGGAUCCGGAUAUUGUAGCUGUUUAUUACAGAGAGGAGGAUGAGGAUGAAGAUUUCGAGUGUUCCGUCCUCCUUGAGACCCCCCUUGACAAGUCAGUUGACGGAGGCCACGUGGGAUGCACACGCCUACUGCUGGAAGCCUGUGCUGGAACAGUUACAUUCUCCGAAAUGACGCCCCUUCCACUCGUGCGAGCAUGUCGGCGAGGAAACACGGAGAUGGUGAAGCUGCUGCUUGAGUUUGCUGCUGACAUGGAUGGAGUAGACUUUACAAACGGCGCUGGGAGGUCACUGCAGUGUAUCAUGUCAAAGCCGCUGCGAUCAACAUCCCGAUUUGGCUAUGUCAACCAGAACAUGCUUGUAGAGGCCCGCGCUCGCAUCGACAGAGCCGCCCGAAACUUCGAAGAGGGUACGCCCCUGCAUGCAGCCGCGUCCAGCGGACAUUUGGAGGUUGUGCAGCUUCUGUUGGAGAGACGCGCGGACAUCAACAAGGGCACAGACGAUUACAAGGGCGGCACGCCUCUUCGAGCAGCAUCUGGCAGAGGCCACCUAGAAGUGGUUGAGCUACUGCUGAAUGCUCGCGCUGACAGCAGCAAGGGUACAUGCCCGCAGAGCUCUGGCGUCAGCUUCCAACAUGCAACACAAAGCCCCUGCGUGGAUGAGGAGACGAGGAGGCGGAUGGCGGACAUGUUCCGGGACGACCUGGGCUGGAUCAAAGAUGGGACGCCUCUCCAG